CCGGAUGCCAGCAGCCAGCCCAACCCCCGGGCGCCAAGGAGAAUCCGCGUGCGCGCUCCCUUCCAACGGACCCCUCGCAGCUUCGCCCCCGGAGCGACGGGCCCGAUGGGCACCCGCGUCAAAUGCACCAUCCGCUGCGCCAGGCCCAAGAAGCUGCCGCGUCUCCUCAAGCCCCUUCUGGUGAAGCUCAUCCGAGAUCUCCUGAGGAACCCGGGCAGGAGAAGGCCGCUCCACCAUUCCUUGGUGCUGAUCGUGCGGAAGAAGCCAUGCCAGCCCGCCGAGCCUGGAUCCUCGGCCCGGAACAGGUAAGGGAAUGGCGAAUCUCUUUUAGACGCCUGCCUGCCUCUCUCUCUCUCUCUCCAUCUCGCUCUCUCCCUCCCUCCCUCUCUCUCUCUGUUUGUGUGUUCUAUCUAUUCUAUAGAACUCCUUUUCCUAGUGAACAAAAGCCAGGAAAUUUCCAUCGGCCAAGUCUCCCCUUCUUCCCCCAAGUGGUGAGCGCACUGUUAGAACUCCUGGAAUCUGUUUACCCUGGUUAGGUUUAGAACUGCGGACAUCUUUAAUUCGAAAGUACCUCCAUCGUGUCCCUGGUCUGGAGUCCUGAAAGGAGCAGACAGCUCAUCCGUAAUCAUUCUGUCUUUUGUUGGAGGCUAAUUUUACCUUGAAAUGCCCCUGAGUAUUUUAUGCAUGUGUAGAAAGAGAUCUGGAGUAUGUUUAUUUGUGUGCUUUAAAGAUGAGAGAUUCCAUGUGUUUUAUGUAUUGGGGGGGGGCUCAUUUCGGUGAAAGAUGAGACUCGCAGGUAAAACAAACGGCAGAAAGAUAGAUGAACGGCAUAUAUCUUUGUACAUUAGAAGCAGAACAAAUAAUCGGUCGGCUGCUUAAAUGGGGACAAAUCAUUUUGAGAGGAGAAUCUCACAAAAACACUCUUCACCACCAAACAUUCAUAUCGAGAAGUCUCCUGAGGGUUGUCUAAGGAGUGAAAUGAGAUUACAGAUAAUUUGCAUAAUAUUUCAGUGCAAAAAGAAAUAGAUUGCAUUAAUAAAAAAAUAAAAAAUAGGCCUCGAAGAUCCGGCCUGCUUCUUUGUUUUCUCUUCCUAGAUUAGGUAGGCCUAUGCACAUUAAAGCAGCACUGCACGUUCUGAAAUUGUCGGUAGUCGUGGUUAGGGACCAUGACAUUUAGUCUCUUGCGAUAACCACAAUCGUUUAUAUUCUAGGGGGCUUUUUGUAAACUUAGUACUUAUUAUUUGGCUGUGAGGGCACAAAAGGGAGUUACUGAACUGUGCAAAGCUGAAGGUGUGUGUGGAGAAAUCUUAUCCAAAAUCCAGUAUCUAUCUUAAUUACAUUUUUGAGGUGCUCAGCUAGGAAUAAAUCUGAAAAUGUCAACUCUUGUCACCCCCUCUGUUCAAAUUUGUUGCUAUUAAGUACAAUUGCAUGUUUGUUUGUUUUCCAAAGAGCUCAUUAUAUUGCAUGUUGACUUUCACUUUACAAAACUCCUUAUUGUACGAAAAAUAAAAACUCAAUAUUGUCCAGUGUGGGGGACACUAUAUAAUAUUAGAAAUGGUUUUUUUAAUGGGGCAAUAUUUAUUCCCAAUGACCUCUGGGCAUUAGCUGCGCGAAUUAAUUUCCUAGAAGGGAGCAAAACGUUAUCCUCGCCUGGUGUGUGUGGGCUCCUUCGGAGCGUGGUCUCCUUCUGCGAAACAAAGGAACGUGCAAUAUUUUGAGGUUUAUUUCGCUGGAAAGCCGAUCUCCGAAAUUAAUUGCCGAAAGAAUGAAAUUCUGGGAUCAAAAUAGAAAGGCAAAUUGGGAAAUGCCGCGGAUGGACAGACGCCUUGGAGUCUAAUUGACAAGAGUUAAGCACUAACACAGGAUAUUUUGAAAGGAAAUUGUCACAGUUAUUUUACACUGAUAUAUAUAUAUAUAUAUAUAGUACAACUAUUUCUAAGUUCAAAUAUGCACCAUAGAUAUUCCUUGCGCAAUAGGAAGAUUUAUAGAUAAAGGCAGAUGCAUUUUACAGUGUCGACCCUCGUUUUUGAAGCUACGCUCCUUUUCGGUAGUUUUUCAAGUACUUUCCUGAAUUUCGUAAAGUAAUGAAUUCUCUAUUCCACUUUAAAUAAACUCUCUUUCUCGUGCUUUCACAUUAAAAAAAAAUAGUUGUAAUCAUUACUAUCGUUUGCAGAGAAUCUCUGGGCAGUUUUUAUGGGCCCGAGCCUGCCGAAAGUAUAUCAUGUCGAACAACACCGUUGGGGCGAGGACAAGGCAAAAUUAAGCACUUUUGCCCAGUUUGAAUAUUAAAAAAUAAAAGUAAAAAACAACAGGCAUCUCCCACGGACUUCAUUGUGCUAAAAUUGCAAGCUAAAGAGCAAAGCGAAGAGGGAAAUGGUUGAGCUAAUAACUUGGAAUAGCUGCGCUGGUUCGUGGUUGCCUGGUUCGCCUUCUGGCAAUUGCCGCUUUAGAACAGCAAUGCGGAUGGUCUGUCUUCAACCCACUCCCCUCUGCAAAAUAUUUUAUUAUAAUGGAGAACCGUUAUUUUCUCAACUCUGACUAGAAUUAGAGGUCACCAAAGCAGCAAGUUUGAGGCACAAUCCUACGCGCAUCUACUCAGAAGUAAGUGGUACUGAAUUCAUUCGGGUUUUCCUGCGCGGAUCAUGCUACGAGGCGUUUAUUGCACCCCACCCCUGUGCACGCUUACGCUGUACCCUAUGCAUGCAACCCUAUGUGCAUUUGCACGGGAGUAAGCGCUGCUGAAUGCCAUAGGCCUUCCUUCCGAUUAAGCACAUAGGAGCGCAGUAAGCAUUUUAGAGUGCUGCGAGAUUCUUCGCUGCAGUAAAGGAAUUGGGUUUCCCCGUUGGAAUCUACUGGAUUCCUGUUACAGUUAUGUCCCUUCUCAGAAUUCCGACGAUGGUAACCUCCUCAGAAAAAAGCUGGAAUGCAAACCAGAUGCGUUUGCAUCCGCUGUAGCUCGGUGCGCUCUGGUCAGACCAGAUCUCUACAGAUUUAGGCCAUCCUUAACGCCCCCCCCCCAACUAGGAUCUUCGGAUCCCGCCCAGUUUGCCCGCAAUCCUGAGCGACGAUCCCAGAGUGUUCAGUGAGAAUUGCUCCCUCGUAAGCCUGGAUUGGGUCUUUGCAGUCCUGAGAAGUAAGGCUGCAAUCUUACUCCCACGUAAAUAGAGUUAAAACUGCAGCCUUAGCGCUGCUCACCCAGGAGUAAACCCGCUUUGACUUCAGUAGCACUUACUUCUGAGUAAACAUACUUCUGAGCGCAGGACCGGGCUCCACACGCCUGCGUCCCGCAACAAUUGAACCAACAGUCUAGCUGCUGCUGAUCAGCUGGAGUGGCCGACCUAAUGGUUCCGAUCCAAAGUGCGCGCGCAGAGCAUCCCGCGCACGGAGCGCAAGCGGCGCGUUUGGAGCAAACAUAGUGUCACCCCAUUCACUUCCGUAGAGUGCUCUCUGGUGGGGAGGGGGCUCGAGGGGGGCUCGCUGCAGGUGGGAGAGAGGGCUGCGCGGCUCCCUUUGCCAGCCUCGGGAAUCUGUCGGAAUUCCGGGGAGCGGGGCCCAGCAUUUGGGGUGUAGGCAGGCGAGGAGCGGGUCUGCAUGCAGAAGGAGCCACAGGUAAAAGAAACACGCCUGCGCGCAUCCUUCUGGUCAUUCCUCUAUAAGGCCUGUGAGAGGCAAGGGGCGGCGCGUGGCCUUGCAGGAGGUAUUUUGCAGGAUCACGCGCACCCAGGGGACUUAGCAGUCCCCGCCUAUCCCCACCCAAUCAUUCUAUGACACCUGGAUGGGGAGAUGGGGGGUUGUUUGGGGACACAGGCAACCGGCCCUGGCCCUGAUUUUUAAGAGGGUUGCUCCUGUUAGCAGAGGAAUUGAAAACAGGAACUUGGAGAUUUCAGAAAUGAAGUCGUUGCUGAACGAGGUAGGCGAGUGAGCUCCUGAUAGAAUAAACACCACUAUCACAUACUGUAUGUAUAAAUAUAUGUAUAUAUAUAUAUACUUAAAAAAAGGAAGUUGCGCAAUCCUCUCUUGCAAGCAAGAUGUCCUCCCUCCUUGCCUUCAGGAGGAUCAAAAUGGAGCACAGCUCUUUUUGUAUUAGAAUUGUUUUAAUAUGAAAAAUAAAAGCAAGGUUUUCCAGAGUGGGCCUGGAACAAAUCUUGAGACAAUAAACUAUGAAAAGGCAGGAAAGGGUCCCUUCUUAAACGUAUAGGGAGUGGAUUUUAAUUAAUUAAUUUACUUAUUUACUCCUAGAAUGCAUUAAGCUGGUUGUAGCGGUGUGCCUCAGUUUCCCCGUCUGUCAAUGGCGAGAGAGGAAGAGGCCGUAUUUCAACGGCGCCUGCGUGAGUUUAAGGAGAUGGUCAGCGAAUCCGCCUUUGUCUCGGAUCCUGCAAUCCUCUCAUACACUGAAAAGCAAAGGCUGCUGAUUUUACUCUCAAGCGAAGGUGGCAGAGAACUCUGUUCUUGUGAAAUUCUUCCCUCUCUGGCUCCCUUUCUCCAGAGUAGUCUCGAUAAGGUGAAUCGCGUUAGCUGUGGGAUUCAGAGAAGGAAGAUCAGGUGAAUUCAAAUGAGCCCCCGCCUUGCCACCCAAUGAAUAGCAAAGAAGAGGGGCGGCCCUCGCCCCUCAAAGGAGCUCCUUCCAACACACACACACACACACACACACCGCGCACCGCCAGGUGAAACCCCGGAGAUCUGCUGCCAGUCAGUGUUGGGCAAUACUGACCUAUAUAUUGACCAGUGGCCUGACUCUGUAUGAGGCAGUUUCUGCGUUCCCAGGUGUCUGUCCUCUUUAAUUUAAAGCGCAAUCCAGCAUGCAUGGAUAGGGCAGUGAUCACUGUCACCUGUGCCCUGACCCUUUACACGCUGAUCCAAACCGACACGAGCAGGGCGCUGGGCGACCUGGCUGCGAAUGAAGGGCAUUUUAAACCAGUGCCGUUCACUGCGGAGCGAACGUGGCCUGGAUCCGGCUCUCAGAGUCUUUGCGUUCGCUCUGGUCCCAGCAGCCCCACUGAUUUCAGUAGGGCCCGUUCCUAUGACCGGCGCGCAGACGGCAGAUAAACUCUGCCAUCGGAGUAGCUUGAAGCGCCAGGAACUCUCUAUCUCUACAGUCGCUUUAAGCACCAUUUUUUGUAGGCCCGGAAAGCCUAAACACUUGGCAUGAGUGUUUUUUGGGUGUUCAUCCCAUUUAAUGAUAAUGAUAAUGAUAAUGAUAAUAAAUUGAUAGUAAGGUGGGGGGGGACUCAAAGUCACCGUCUUUCCCCCCUCCCCUGAAGAUAAUAUUUCUCUCUUUAUUACAAACUGCAUGCUCUUCCUUAAAUUUAUAUACUGUUUUAUAAUAAAAAGCUCUCAGAAUAUUCCACAGUUAAAAAGACUUAAUGAAAUAAAAAUAUAAAACAUCAAAUAAUCAAACAGCAUUUAGAAAGCAGGAAGUAAAUAAAGAACAAUUUGUUUUAAAACAUUUUAGUAGAGGCUCCGCCGUCUUUAUCGCUCCUGUUGAACUUGACCAGGCUUAACGCAUUUGGGGGCUCCUAUUCCCCUGGCAAUUGACAAGGCGGACCAUUCUGAAUGAAGGCACUUCGGUUGUUUCACAUGGGAUGCCAGAAUACUCUUCCUUUCCUCUCUCCAAAACCCAGGCUGUGUAGGGAAGCGCUUGUUUUUGCUUUCGUUUUCUUUUUUUCCAUUUUAAUUUUAAGCUCUCAAACUCAUUCUGCUUGAGAGAGGCCUACUGCUUGAACUCAAACCUUUCUCUCCAGUGAUGCCUUGGAGCUAAACUACAUAUCGCACAACCCCUUUUUGGAAUUCGCUGCCAGGCGAAGCCGGCAUGGCGGUUGGGUUAGAGGAGACGGACUGAGACUGGAAAGGCGCGAAUUCGUAGGAGACGGGCCUCUUGGCCAUGUUUAUCUCAAUGGCUCCGUUUAGAGAGUUCAAAAGCUGCCGGGCUGCCAGGGCACACGCAAGUGGCAAAGGGUGGAUCUUCUUCUUUGACAAUCCCUCGUAGACGAGUAAGAUUGUCUUCCAUGAACACGGUUUUAACAGAGUGUCCGUAGGUGACUAUGGAGGCCAGUUCUGGAUCCACACCUCCUUCUACAGUGGGACAUAGGUUUCCACGCGGGAGUUGAUCCUGGUGAGGAUUUGCUAAGCAUGCCUUCCUCUUAGCACAUUUCUCCCUUCCGGCCUGAGUUCGGGUGUCUUCAAAGUCCAUGACACCUUUGGUAAAGGCUGUUCUCCAAUUGGAGCGUUGGUAGGCCUAUGUUUCCCAAUUGUUGGUGUUUAUACUACUUUUUUUUUUUAAAAAAAAUUGCCUUUUGUUGACCACCAGCAUUACGCUUUCCAUUUUUAAGUUUGGAAUAGAGUAGUUGCUUUGGAAGAUGAUAAUCAGGCAUCCGCACAACAUGACCAGUCCAACGAAGUUGAUGUUGAAGAAUCAUUGCUUCGACACUGGUGAUCUUUGCUGCUUCCAGUACACUGACAUUAGUUCUAAAGGGUGACUAUCGCUUCCCUGACCUGUUGUUGUUUAGUCGUAUCGGACUCUUCGUGACCCCAUGGACCACGCCAGGCACUCCUAUCGUCCACUGCCUCCCGCAGUUUGGUCAAACUCAUGUUGGUCUCUUCGAGAACACUGUCCAACCAUCUCGUCCUCUGUCGUCCCCUUCUCCUUGCAUCAGGGUCUUUUCCAGGGAGUCUUCUCAUGAGGUGGCCAAAGUCUCGGAGUCUCAGCUUCGGGGUCUGUCCUUCCAGUGAGACUCCCUGACGUAUUUGUGAGUUAUUCGCUGUUGGAAGCGGAUGCCUCUUACUUUAGAGAUGCUAAACAGCUCUUCAUAUAUUCUUCUUCCAUUUAUUGAUUGGUUUUUGUUUACUACAACUGCUGACGAAAGUGGGAGUGGGAGCCACCUCGAAAUGUUGAAAUAUGAAGUGCACCUCGUGUUCAGUGUGCCAGCCAGCCAGCCAGCCCUGCCCUUUUCUAAGGCACGCCAUUCCGCCCCUUGAUCCAGCCAUCCUUUUUGCCUUCCCUCGCCCGCCCUUUAAGAAGCGGAAGGCAUUCCGUGGCCAAUGAGCGUGUGCUUUCUUCCUCGGCGGAGAUUCCGCUUGAGGGUCCCCCCACAGUCAAAAUAUUAUUUGAUUGCUUGUAGCUGUACAAACUUUUGGGUCCCCCAAGCUUGUUGCUUCCUCUGUCGUGUGUCUGGAUGGUGCCCUUUUGGCUAGCUGGGAGAACCUGUCUGUUCUUCCUAUGCAGGUAUGGGCGUUGCCAGGCUUUUUGUCGGGGUAGGUGGAGCAGAAACUCAGUUAAGUAUUUUUAUUGAUUUACUUGAUUUGCUUGCACCCCUCGGCUACGCCAAGUAUGUUGGGUGAUAAAGAUCAUCAUAUUCUGCCCACUUCCUCUGGGGAGCUGAAGAGACUUUUCAGGCCUCUCUCUCAUUGGCAGAUGAGCGUUUCAGAUGCCUUAGGAAAUUCCCCAGUAACUGCCGCUGCUUGAGGGUCCCACCUCAGCUUUAACCAUAGAAACCAAUAAAAUAUUUGAGGGGGCAGGCCCACCCCCCUUGUUAAUGGGCAUUCCCAUUCAAAUAGUUUCCUUGUGCCAUGUGAUUGAUUAUGUGGGGCGCUGCUUACCCGCCCCCCCCAAAUAUUUUAUUGAAGUUCGCACCCCUGACUAUAACUCUGCAUUAGUGUGGGGUGUGGGGGUGUGGCUGGGGGGUGCGAGCGAGGGGGUUACUUUUUCCUUUUUUCCUUGCUGUUGAAACGCCCAUCUUAAGAACCAAGGUGAAACGGUUUGAGUUUCCAGAAAAGGCAAUUGAGAGGUGUCAUGGGAGAAGUUUUAUGGAGUUCAACUUGGCAUGGAGAAAGGGAAAAGAGGAAGGCUUUUCCCCCUCCCUCUCUCCUUGACACCAGAACUCGUGGACAUGCAAUGAAGCUGAAUUUUGGGCGGUUCGGAGCGCAUACGGCGCGCGGUCCGACUAGGGAAUUGGCUCCCGCAGGAGGCCGUGAGAUCGCCACCAACUUGAAUGGCUUUCAGAGACGAUUGGGCAAGCCCAGGGAGCGAUGGGUGGCUAGCUGCCACGAUGGCUCGGCUCUGCCUCCCUCGUCAGAGGCAGCAAAGCUUCAGAAGACCAGUUGUUGAAAACCACAGGAGGGGAGAGGGUUCUGGUGCUCAAAACCUGCUUGAGGGUUUCUCAUUGGCUGGUCAACGGCCGGGGUGGGACAUUGGUCUGAUCUAGCCGGCUCUUAUGCUGUGUGUGUGUGUGUAUGUGUGUGCAUGUGUUUGUAAGCUACAAGUACAGUGGUACCUCGGGUUAAGAACUUAAUUCGUUCUGGAGGUCCAUUCUUAACCUGAAACUGUUCUUAACCUGAGAUAACACUUUAGCUAACGGGGCCUCCCGCUGCCGCCGCGCGAUUUCUGUUCUCAUCCUGAAGCAAAGUUCUUAACCUGGGGUACUAUUUCUAGGUUAGCGGAGUCUGUAACUUAAAGCGUCUGUAACCUGAAGCGUCUGUAUCCCAAGGUACCGCUGUAUCCCUUGGAUAACCCAAGCCACAGGUCCAAUGACAUGGGCGUAGCCAGGAUUUAUUUUAAGGGGGCAGGCUUUAUGUUGGGGGGUGGGGCAGAACCGAGUUAUCUACGAUGCAAUCGGUCAGUGAGUUAAGUAUUUUUAUUUACUUACUUGAUUUGGGGGGGCGGGCGGGCAGCUGCCGCUUGAACCCCCGGUUAUGCCCAAGACCUGUGAUCCGCCUGGCAAUGGAUGUGACCCUCCUCCUCUCCCCUCUCCCUCCUCUCCACGUGGAGCCCCUGCCAAGUCCUGAAUGAUUCCGCCUUCGAGACUGCAGCAGGAGGGUGGGAGCUGUCCAGACGCCGCAGGAGAGCACGAUUUCGAAAGGUAUUUUGUACUCUUAAUAUAGGCCUACUUGGAAAAAAGCUACAGGAUCCUUCUGUCACAACAACACACUACACAGUUCUCUUGCAGACACACCAGUGUGGGACAAGCCAAGUUUGGGAAUUACUGAUUUAAGAGUAUUAACAAAACGCGUGAACGCCACAUUAGCCCGAAAGCGAACUCUAGAUUCUUUUCCACAGAAGAUCUUUGCUGCUGAAGGAUGGUGGCAACGUAUUUCUAAUGCAACCUUUUGAUCAAAGAAUGCUAAAUUAACGAGGACAAAUCAUAUUUUUUUUGCUGUUGGCUAAGAACUUUGCAAGUUUACUUUGGGUGUACCAAAUAUGUGUGGCAGAGUAGACAAUUCAUUUUACUUCGCGACAGUUUUGAGAAACUGCAUGGUUUAUAAUUCAUCACCUCCCUGCUCUUUCCCCCCUCGCCCAAUUCCCAGAAAUGUUCGCAAAGCAAAAAUUUUAAUACGUAGGAGCUUCUCAGAGGUUACAAAGUGCGAUUCCUUCUAUCACGCUUGAAAUUUGUGUGUGAAUUCACAGAACCAGAGAAGUGUAAGGUUGGAAAGGACUCUGAGGGUCAUAUAACCCACUAUCUGAAAUGCAGAGAGCCGUCCAACCCCUGUUUAAAAACAAUCCGAUGAGGGAGAGUCCACCACCUUCGGAGGAAGUCCGUUCCGCUGUCCAACAGCCGUUACUGUCAAAAGGUUCUUCCAGAUGUUUAGGUAGAAUUGUUGUUGUUGUUUAGUCGUUUAGUCGUGUCCGACUCUUCGUUACCCCAUGGACCAGAGCACGCCAGGGACUCCUGUCUUCCACUGCCUCCCGCAGUUUGGUCAAACUCAUGCUGGUAGCCUCGAGAACACUGUCCAACCAUCUCGUCCUCUGUCGUCCCCUUCUCCUUGUGCCCUCCAUCUUCCCCAACAUCAGGGUCUUUUCCAGGGAGCCUUCUCUUCUCAUGAGGUGGCCAAAGUAUUGGAGCCUCAGCUUCAAGAUCUGUCCUUCCAGUGAGCACUCAGGGCUGAUUUCCUUAAGAAUGGAUCGGUUUGAUCUUCUUGCAGUCCAUGGGAUUCUCAAGAGUCUCCUCCAGCACCAGAAUUCAAAAGCAUCAAUUCUUCGGCGAUCAGCCUUCUUUAUUGUCCAGCUCUCACUUCCAUACAUCAGUACUGGGAAAACCGUAGCUUUAACUAUACGGACCUUUGUCGGCAAGGUGAUGUCUCUGCAUUUUAAGAUGCUGUCUAGGUUUGUCAUUGCUUUUCUCCCAAAAAGCAGGCGUCUUUUAAUUUCGUCACCAAAUUAAAAUUAGCUAGAAUUACCUUUAUUGUAAUUUGAAUCCAUUGCUACCCACCUGAGCAGCAGAAAACAAACUUUCUCCAUCAUCCACGAUCUGACAGCCCUUCAGGUAUUUGGAGAUGGUUAUCAUAUCACCCCUCAAAACGCUCCGAGGUGUUUUAUGGAAAGCAAUCCAAAAUUUGGGAUUAAAUAAGUAAACACAAACAAAACUUUGGAAUCUCCCCUCCAGCCUAAAGCUAAACAACGAAAAAGUCAGGCAAUCAGAUUUAUUUUAGCAAAAAUGCAAAAGGGUAUUGAGGUACAUUUCACCCUAAUCGGUCUCUAGCACACGGGACCACAUGUUGGGCGAUGAAAUCUUGUCUCAUCCCUUGGGCUGCUGAAGCAAAGCCUGUGCUGUCGCCGUUCGUCAGCAAAUCCCUCGGCUUUCCCUCUGCUCUUCAAGAAAGGAGCUCCAGCGAGGCCACCCUGCUCAUUGAACUCACAGCGCGAUUUUAUACACCUCUACUCAGAACUAAGCUCCACUGUGUUCAAUGGGACUUACUCCCAGGUAAGUGCGUAUAGCAUUCAGCCUAAGGAAGCUGCUUUGAAAUCACUCAGCGUGUGGAGAAGCCUGGAGAUGCAUUUACCACAAGGAAGCCUUGGAGAGACAUUUAAAAAAAGAGAGAGAGAAAACUAGGGAAAGCCACUGAGAACUUGGGGACUUCUGACUCAUUUUGCGGACCCUAAUAAUGGAGCUCUCUAGCAGUCGCCCUUGGUCUUUGCCCCAUUCUAUCCGCAAAAACCCCUGCGAGGUAGGCUAGGGUGAAAAGCAGCGGUCAAGUGGUACACACAAAUACACAUUAGUAGCAGUAGUCAUUAUAUCCUGGCGUUCUCCGAAGCUGGGAUUCAACGUGGUUUCGUGGAGUGGCUUCUUUUCCUCAACCUAGAAGCUCUCCACGCCCCCAGCCGUCGAAGAAAGGAGGGAGGAAAGCAAAUGGGGGCGCAGUGUGGAAAGAGUAGUGGGAGAUUUAGAGAGAGGGGAUAGGCACGCUCGUGGAGACAGAGAAAAAACAGUCCCGUUGAGCUCCAUGGAAACCUGAGCGGCCACCACCUGUGCGCAUCAGGGCUUGGGUCCUGGGACAUUGUUGCAGGCUGAAGUCCCCAGGAUGAGGGACGGCGCCCUUCCAGAUUUGUCUGGACUCAUCCAGCAUGACCAAGGGACUGGGGAGGGGGGCGGUACACCUUCAGGGUCAAAGGCUGCCCAUCCUCGGCCUGCUAAGCAAGUUUACUUCGGAGUAAAUAUCGCCGAGUUCAGUUCAGGCGCCUUCCUACGGCUCUUAGGCCGUUGCCUUGCGUCUGGUUGAUUGGAAAGCAAAUCUCGCUGCCUGCUUCCGUGAGAUUUCCUCCAUCAUCGCGCAUAGAACUAUAUAUAGGAUGUUCUUUUUCUUAGGUUCUCAGUUCUAUGCAUGGUGCUAUUAUUAUUUAGAUUUAUAGUCCAGCCCUUCACCCAGAACUUCCCCAGGGUGGUAAACUACAUUCCUUUAGAAGAGAAGAAAUCAUUUAAACAUAAAAUCAUUAUAAGGGAGGCGGGAGAGAAACUGACGGCAAAGGAAUAUGGCUCUUUAUAUGAGCUGCAUAACCUGUAUAUGAUCUGAGAGUAAGCCUCAUUGAACUUGCUUCUGCGCAAGCAAGCAUAAAGAUUUAAGCCGCUGCUUCAUAUUGAGGGAGCUCUCUGGGGCAAGGACUCCCAGUUCUAAGACUUGGGUCCAAGUGCAUGAGACUAUAAAAUGUCUUGUGUCUAAAAUGGCUUUGCUUUACCAAUGAGCGGCUAGAGGCUCAACACUUCUGGGGGGAGGAAGAGGAAGGGAGUAGGGGAGAGUGCGACUUUCAUUCAUAACUUGAUCCCCACCCCUUGCAUAUCUAUCUAUCUAUCUCUCUUCUAUCAUCUCUAUAUCUAUGUAUCAUCUUUUUAAAAAUUAUAUUUUAUUAAAUUUUCAAAAGUUUAACAUAUGAUCCUCUUGUUAGCUCAGUUGGUUAAAGCGCGGUGCUGAUGACGUCAAGUUUGCAGGUUCGAUCCCGUAUGGGACAGCUGCAUAUUCCUGCCUUGCAAAGGGUUGGACUAGAUGAUCCUCAGGGUUCCUUCCUAUUCCACAAAUCUAUGAUUCUAUGAUAUACACUCCAAUACGUAAUAUUUUUUCUUUCUGUUUCGUGGACUUCCCACCCCGUUUUCCGUGGUGUUUCUUUUCUAUCUUUUAUAGCAUGACAACAAUACUUUAAUCUCUAAUUCCUUCUGCUGCUCAUAGUUCAAAUCUUGCUCGAGAGUCCAUCCAUACAGCCAUCCCGCAGUUUCUUUAAGGUCUGGAAGGGUUGCAGAAGGAGUGAGAUGAAAGCCUGCAGCCCUGUUCAGGGAGAAUUAUUUGCAAGUGAAAGGGCUCUGGGCAGAGAAUGAAUCGAGACUUCUCUUUUAUCCACCGGAAAGGCCACGUGCGCUUUUCGAGCUGAUCUCAUCUAAGUCAACCCAUAUCCACAAAGCAUUCCCCCUCGCCCCAAUGCAUCUAGGCAUCUAGAGACAGCAAUCUAGGCGCGGCAAUGCAAGGAGACUUUUAAAAAGGCCCCCUCACUACAGCUUGCCACUAUAGUAAAUCUAACCGUCCGAACGCUCAUGUAACGUGUGUUAACAUUUAAGCUCAGGCGAGACGACCCAGUAACUCUCUCUGAAAAAAAACCAGCUUGGCAAUGCCGCCCGCCUCCCCCUUCCGCCCUAGAGCAGAGCUCUGCAGGCUCGGUGCGGGCCAAGAGCCCCGCCCCGCUCUCGCUGAAAGUGCGCCUGUCAUUUGUUGUCCGGGACGGGGCGGGCGCUGACUUUAGUUCCUGCACCCAAUUGGAUCAGCAGUGCGCGCACGGCAGCCGCGCGCGAUCGAGGUGGGACCGCAUCGCGUCUGCAUGCCUCGUGGACGCGAGUGGCGCACUCGGGAUGGGGACGCAGCAAGCCAACGCGCUGACUCGCGCUGCCGCCGAAGGGAACUUGGCACAAGCGCGCAGGCUGCUGGACGCGGGAGCGGACCCCAAUGGCCUGAACUGCUUCGGCAGGAGCGCGAUCCAGGUAGUGGUCAGGGCGGAACGGGCUGCCUGUUUGACAAUAAAAGGAAAAAAGGUGCUCAAACCGCGGCUUUCCGUCCUAAGUGCGGGCACGUAUCUGGCGCGCACGGCGCGCUUGGAAACGUUGCAAUGGAACCCCGGGGGAUGGGUCGGUAAUAGGAGAGCGAGAGAAUCGGGGGGGGGGGCGGGGGGAAUCUGUGAGCUUACCUCUGCUGCUGUCAAGAAAGAUUUUGGAGAACAGGACAAAUAAACUUUCUUUGUCGUUGUCAAGGGGACAGAUUUAGGAAAUUGCCCAUAAAAGGAUUUCUCUUCUCUUUCGCACCAUUUUUCUCCGUCUGCAGAAGGGUUUGCACACGCGCCCGCACUCACACUCCUAUAACGUUUCUGAGUAGCCUAGCUCUGCUAAGCACCUUCUGAAAUAUAUUUCCGCUUCAAGGGAUUCCUCCCUUUUCAAAGUUAUAUAUCUGCUUUCGUUUCUGGCGAGAGAUAUCCUCGCCUCCUCAACGAAUCCCCGUAUUAAAUAGCAAUUAUCAUCUUCUAUCAAGCAGUCGUUUAGGACGUGCGCUUUCUCUAACUUACAUUGGUCUUCAGCACGUGGCUUUCCGGGGAGGGCACGUACCCAGGAAAUAAAUAGAAUUUCUUAACUGCCGGCGUGAAUGGAGCGUCAAACUCCGGUCGCAAACGUGAGGCGAUCGCGCCUUUGAGCAAUUCGGGUUGCCUCGCAGCGGUCCCGACGGACCUCCAUUUUAAUCUGCAUUAUUCUACAUCGCAGCAAAAUGCUCUUGCCCACCUCCCAAAAUGGCUGGCUUCUCUGUGGAUGGCGACUGUUAGAAACACCCAGGAAUUUGUGUGAAACCUAUUUUUUUGCAAAGCUGAUUUCUGUAUUAAUUUGUUGGAGGAAGAACAGACACUUUUGCAAAAAUAAAAUUAAAGGGUGGGGAGCCUCUGAGGCGCAAGACUGCCCGCGAGGUUUAAGCCCUGGAGAAAAGUAUAUAUUAUAUUUCCUUUAUAAUAAUAAUCAGAAACCGGAAAUGCUCCUAAAAAACAUUAUAACCAGAAAGGGGAAGGGGGUGUCUAGCUCUCGAUCAACGCUUUGCGCAGAAGAGCUGAUUCUUAGGCUGCAAUCCUGUGCGCACUUAGCUGGAAGUAGGACCCUACUGAAUUCGGUAGCACUUGCUUCUGAGUAGACAUGGAUAGGCAUGCGCUAUGAAUGAUCUUUUUCUCGAUUUUUUUUGUUUUUGUUUUUUAAAAAGACACCUUUAACAACGCGAGUCCGUAGCUGGGAGUCAGCCCUAUUGAAUUUAAUGGUACUUACUCGUGAGUAGGACAGUGCAGGUCAAAUUAUAUGGAACUCAAGUAUUUCUGAGAAGAUAUGGCUAGGCUUGGGCAGGGCUGUAAAUUAUUUUCCGAUUUUUAUUUUCAUUUUUGCUCCUAACCGUUCUUGGAAUUAUAUAGCUACCGGCGUUGCCGAAUGUAUCCCACAACUGUUUCCGUCUUUCAAAUCUGAUAAAAGUUCGACCAUAUAGUCCCAUCAGCAUGUGUCUCAGUAUGGAGAAAGAGUGUCCCUCGGUGGUACAGCACAAUAUUUGCGUGGCGGGGUUGACUGUCCUCGAGAAAUCGCUGGCUCAAAGCCUGGAGAGCCGACUCCAAAUACACUGCGAUCUGCUCACAGUACAGUGGUACCUCGGGUUACAUACGCUUCAGGUUACAGACUCCGCUAACCCAGAAAUAGUGCUUCAGGUUAAGAACUUUGCUUCAGGAUGAGAACAGAAAUCGCGCGGCGGCAGCGGGAGGUCCCAUUAGCUAAAGUGGUGCUUCAGGUUAAGAACAGUUUCAGGUUAAGAACGGACCUCUGGAACGAAUGAAGUACUUAACCCGAGGUACCACUGUAUAAAAAACCUGACAGUGGACCAAAGUUGUUGAGCUUUUGUUAGGAAGCCCAAGUUUCCCCCCUAUUUUUAUUGGUGGGGGGGAGAUCACUGAGGGGCCAAAGAUCUACCAGGAUCUACCGGUAGAUCACGAUCAUGCCAGGUCAGUGUAAAGAAAGGCUUCGCUAGAUGGACCAGAGGUUUGACGGAGGAUGGACCAGCGCCUAGGCGCGUUCCCAGCAGUGAGUAAGACCAGCACCCUCCGUUUCCUUCUCAAAACAGCGACCCUUGCAAGGCAAACUGCUCCCCCGCUCCUCAUCGCAAUCCAUCUGAAUUCAAUUGUGGUUUUCAGUUCGAUUCCUUUGCGGAGGAGGGUGUAAAACGGAGGCUUGACAUCAAUAAAUCUACUCAAUAAAUCUACUCAAUCUAACGUUGAGAUUCUCGCGUUAAUAAAGUCCCACUAACUGAAACCACUCCUAAGUCAAUUAUUUCGUAUUGUAACUUUUUUAAAAAAUGUGUUACUUAUUUAGAGGUACGGGGAAAGGGUCGGCAGGAGCUGCUCUACAGCUGAGCGAUCUUAAACCUCCUCGGCUCCGACGGCAGUCGAAUCGCCCAUUGAGGUUUCCCCGAUUGACACAACGGAGAGACAGCGGUGGAUGGAUGUUGUUUCUUGAUUUCAGUUUGAUUAUCCAGUUAGUACAAGUGAGAUACCAAAAUUACUACCGUAAGAGACACGCGGUGCUUUCAGAAUUAUCAAAUGGAACUGGGCAUUUGUUCUUUUUGACAGUGCUCAAGGGCAGGAUCCAUCUAAGGUUGCGCUAAAGUUGAGAGCCAUAGCUGUCAACUUUCCCCCCUUUUCCGAAUAGGAUUCCUCGCAAGAAAAGGGAAAAGUUGACAGCUAUGUCCUGAGCCUGUCCACUUAGAAGUAAGACUCGCUAGGUCUCCAUUCCCUCGUCCCCGAAAUACCUAUGCCAAAAGAUUCAGGUAGGUAGCCGUGUUGGUCUGACGCAGUAGAAAUAUAUAUUUAAAAUAUUCUAAAAUGUCAACAGGUCUACCACACCUAUCAGCCAAUCACCCAUUCCCACCACCCUUCUGAGUAAUACCUCUCCCCACCCUCUCACUAUAUAUAUUAAGGUCUGGUGACUUCUGUUUCAGUGUAUCUGAAGAAGUGGGCAUGCACACGAGAGCUCAUACCAAGAACAAACUUAGUUGGUCUUUAAGGUGCUACUGGGCAAUUAAAAAAUAAAUAAAUAAAUUCUACGCCAAAAGAUUAGUGAAAUUUAAGGUUGCAAUCCUGCCCUUACAGACCUGGGAAUAAGUCCCACUGAAUUUAAUAGGAUUCUGAGUAGACCUGGUUAGGAUUCUGCGGUAAAUCUCAUUGAACUAGUAUACACUUGCCUGAGAGUAACCCCCUUUCUGCUUAAUGAGGCUUAUUUGGAGAGUGGUUGUAUAUUAUUAUUAUUAUUAUUAUUAUUAUUAUUAUUAUUAUUAUUCUACCACUCUUCAUCCUUAGAUCUCAGGGUAGUUCACAACAUAAAAUUCCAAUAUUAAAAACCACAAAGUACACAAUAAAAAUAAGAACAAAACUUGUCUGUGGUUAAGAAAGUGAAAUACCUGGGGAUUAACAUGACAGCAAAAAACUGGAAUUUAUUUAAAGAUAACUAUGAAAAAUGUUGGGCUGAAGUGAAAAAAGAUUUAGAAAUUUGGUCAAAUUUGAAGCUUUCACUGCUGGGCCGUAUUGCUGUGGUAAAAAUGAAUGUAUUGCCUAGAAUGUUGUUUUUGUUUCAAACAUUGCAAAUUGUGGACAAAAUGGACUGUUUCAAGAGGUGGCAGAGAGAUAUUUCUAGAUUUGUCUGGCAGGGCAAGAAGCCCAGAAUAAAAUUUAAAAUACUAACAGAUGCAAAGGAAAGAGGUGGAUUUGCCCUGCCAGACCUUAAACUUUAUUAUGAAUCAGCAGCUUUUUGCUGGUUGAAAGAAUGGCUGCUUCUUGAAAACACUGACAUUUUGGAUCUAGAAGGUUUUAACAAUGUAUUUGGAUGGCAUGCAUAUUUGUGGUAUGAUAAGGUCAAAGCACAUAAAGCAUUUAAAAAUCAUAUUGUCAGGAAAGCUUUGUUUAAUGUUUGGAUAAGAUAUAAGGACUUAUUGGAAAAUAAAACCCCAAGGUGGCUGUCACCGAUGGAAGCGAAAGCCUUGAAAAAGCUCAAUAAGGAGGUCAAAUGGCCGAAAUAUUGGGAAAUUUUAGAACAAGAUGGAGAUAGAUUGAAACUGCAGAGUUUUGAAAAACUAAAAACAAAGUGCGAGACUGGCUUCAUUAUUAUCAGAUAAUGGAGGCAUACAAUUUGGACAAGAAAAUUGGCUUCCAGGUGGAAAAAUCAAAAUUAGAAACAGAACUGUUAGAACCCAAAACUAAGAAUUUGUCAAGAAUGUAUAACUUGCUGCUGAAAUGGAAUACUCAGGAUGAAACGGUGAAAUCUGCUAUGAUUAAAUGGGCACAAGAUGUUGGACAUAAUAUUAUGUUUGCUGACUGGGAACAGUUAUGGACCACAGGUAUGAAGUUUACGGCAUGUAAUGCCCUAAGAGAGAAUAUUAUGAAAAUGAUAUACAGGUGGUACAUAACCCCAGUCAAGCUUGCAAAAAUCUACCAUUUGCCCGAUAAUAAAUGUUGGAAAUGUAAAGAAACUGAAGGUACAUUCUUUCACCUUUGGUGGACGUGCCCAAGGAUUAAGGUUUUCUGGGAGAUGAUUUAUAAUGAAUUAAAAAAGGUAUUUAAAUAUACCUUCUUGAAGAAACUAGAGGCUUUUCUCCUGGGCAUAGUCGACCAAUCGGUGUUAAAGAAGGACAGAACUUUCUUUAUGUAUGCUACAACAGCAGCAAGAAUACUUAUUGCAAAGCAUUGGAAGACACAAGAUCUACCCACACUGGAGGAAUGGCAGAUGAAAAUGAUGGACUAUAUGGAAUUGACGGAAAUGACUGGCAGAAUCCGAGACCAGGGAGAAGAGUCGGUGGAAGAAGAUUGGAAGAAAUUUAAAGACUACUUACAGAAAUAUUGUAAAAUUAAUGAAUGUUAGAAUGAUGACGGAUUGAAGUUAAGCGGUUUCUAGCAGUAAUGGUUAAAAGAAUGGAAAAAUUGGUUUUUAAUAGGUAAAAAUUUAAUGUUAUAAUAUAUUAAGACUAAAGAUCAGGAUUAAAAAGGAGGGAAAGAAAUUGCUGGACUAACAAACUGAAUUGGAAUACAAAAGAGGGAGGUAUGAGGAGGUCCGGGAAACAAGUAAACGUAAAAGAAGUGAUGAAAAGACGGAAUUGUUUUUAACUGUUUUUUUCUUUUUUCUUUUUGUAUUUUGUAUUGUGUAUUUUUCUUUUUAUUGUUAAUUUUUUUCUUCUUUUAUUAUUAUUAAUGUGAUCAUUUUCUUGUGAAACUUUAAUAAAUAUUAUUUAAAAAUAAAAAAAUAAAAAAAUAAAAAUAAGAACAAAACCAAACCGAUAAUCCCCACUCCCACAAUUUACAUUUACACCCCAACUUUCCUCAAAGGACCUCAAGGAUGGAGUACAACUUCUCCCUGUGAGGUAGGUUAGGUUGAGAGGGAGUGACUGGCCGAAGGUCCCCCAGUGACCUUCAUAUAUAUAUAUAUAUAUAUAUAUUCAUUCUAUCGUGAAAUUAAUAAAAUAAUAUCUAUAACUAUUUGUGUGUGUGUGUGUGUGUGUGUGUGUGUGUGUGUGUUUGUGUGUGUGUUUAUUAAAUGGUUUUCUUGGGUCACAAUAGAACAUACAGUGUCUUUGUUUUCAGAGACUGAUUCAAACAAAUCAGUCAUAUUCAUAGCGAGACAUUCCUGUUACAGGCAAUAUGGGUUUGAGGAAAAGGAGAAGAGGGGAGGAAAGGGGAAGGAAUUAAAAUUUCAUUCUUGUACAUAGUAUAUCAGGAAAGCUUUUUAGUCAGCAUCACAUAAACGCUUACUUUAUUUAUGGCUGGCUGGGGCGGCGGCGGAGAAACAAGAGGUCCCACGCGUGGUUGGUUUGCUGUGUGCUUUGUUUGGUGUAGGGGUUGCCUUAAUGGGGAUUUAAGGCCUCGUUUCCCGGAUCCUAGCCUAGCACCCUAACCACUACACCACACUGCCUCUCUUGCACUGUACCAUUGCACUGUCAAUCUGCAUCCAACCCCAAGGGCUGAAUUAUUAUUUCACUCUCUCUGUGGCGCUGGGUGAGCUCCCUUUCCACCUAUUCAGUCCUGUUUUAUUAUUAUUAUUAUUAUUAUUAUUAUUAUUAUUAUUAUUAUUAUUAAUAUUAUCUCCUGCUAUUAUUUUGAUGCCAAGUCUGGAUCCAUCCCUUAAGGAGAUGAACCUGGAGUAGCUCACAGCAGCCCCUCGGUCUUGGGGGUGUUGUUGUUGUUUAGUCAUUUAGUCGUGUUCGACUCUUCGUGACCCCAUGGACCAGAGCAUGCCAGGCACUCCUGUCUUCCACUGCGUCCCGCAGUUUGGUCAAACUCAUGCUGGUAGCUUCGAGAACACUGUCCAACCAUCUCGUCCUCUGUCGUCCCCUUCUCCUUGUGCCCUCCAUCUUUCCCAACAUCAGGGACUUUUCCAGGGAGUCUUUUCUUCUCAUGAGGUGGCCAAAGUCUUGGAGCCUCAGUUUCAGGAUCUGUCCUUCCAGUGAGCACUCAGGGCUGAUUUCCUUAAGAAUGGAGAGGUUUGAUCUUCUUGCAGUCCACGGGACUCUUUUUUUUUUUUAAUUAAUAUUUAUUAAAGUUUCACAGAAAAGGAAUCACAUUAAUAAAAAAGGAAAAUUUAAAAAUAAAAAGAAAAAUACACAAUACAAAAUACAAAAAGGAAAAAGAAAAAACAAUUAAAAACAAUUCCGUCUUUUCAUAACUUCUUUUACAUUUACUUGUUUCCCGGACCUCCUCAUACCUCCCUCUUUUGUAUUCCAAUUCAAUUUGUUAGUCCAGCAAUUUCUUUCCCUCCUUUUUAGUCCCAAUCCUUAAUCCUAAUAUAUUAUAACAUUAAGUUUUUACCUAUUAAAAACCAAUUUUUCCAUUCUUUUAACCUUUUUAAUCCUAAUCCUUAAUCUUGAUAUAUUUAUAACUUUAAAACCUGUACAGCUAGAAGCCACUUAGCUUCAAUCCAACAUCACUCUAACAUUCAUUAAUUUUGCAAUAUUUCUGUAAAUAAUCUUUAAAUUUCUUCCAAUCUUCUUCCACCGACUCUUCUCCCUGGUCACGGAUUCUGCCAGUCAUUUCCGCCAAUUCCAUGUAGUCCAUCAUUUUCAUCUGCCAUUCCUCCAGUGUGGGUAGCUCUUGUGUCUUCCAAUACUUUGCGAUGAGUAUUCUUGCUGCUGUUGUAGCAUACCUAAAAAAGUUCUAUCCUUUUUAACACCAAUUGGCCGACUAUGCCCAGGAGAAAGGCCUCUGGUUUCUUCAAGAAGGUAUAUUUAAAUACCUUUUUAAUUCAUUAUAUAUCAUCUCCCAGAAAGCCUUAAUCUUUGGGCACGUCCACCAAAGAUGAAAAAUGUACCUUCAGUUUCUUUACAUUUCCAACAUUUAUUAUCAGGCAAAUGGUAGAUUUUUGCAAGCUUGACUGGGGUUAUGUACCACCUGUAUAUCAUUUUCAUAAUAUUCUCUCUUAGGGCAUUACAUGCCGUAAACUUCAUACCUGUGGUCCAUAACUGUUCCCAGUCAGCGAACAUGAUGUUAUGUCCAACAUCUUGUGCCCAUUUAAUCAUAGCAGAUUUCACCGUUUCAUCCUGAGUAUUCCAUUUCAGCAGCAAGUUAUACAUUCUUGACAAAUUCUUAGUUUUGGGUUCUAACAGUUCUGUUUCUAAUUUUGAUUUUUCCACCUGGAAGCCAAUUUUCUUAUCCAAAUUGUAUGCCUCCAUUAUCUGAUAAUAAUGAAGCCAGUCUCGCACUUUGUUUUUUAGUUUUUCAAAACUCUGCAAUUUCAAUCUGUCUCCAUCUUGUUCCAAAAUUUCCCAAUAUUUUGGCCAUUUGACCUCCAUAUUGAGCUUUUUCAAGGCUUUCACUUCCAUUGGUGACAGCCACCUUGGAGUUUUGUUUUCCAAUAAAUCCUUGUAUCUUAUCCAAACAUUAAACAGUGCUUUCCUGACAAUAUGGUUUUUAAAUGCUCUAUGCGCUUUGACCUUGUCAUACCACAGAUAUGCAUGCCCAGUCCACGGGACUCUCAAGUGUUUCCUCCAGCACCAUAAUUCAAAAGCAUCAGUUCUUCGGCGAUCAGCCUUCUUUAUGGUCAAGCUCUCACUUCCAUACAUCACUACUGGGAAAACCAUAGCUUUAACUAUACGGACCUUUGUUGGCAAGGUGAUGUCUCUGCUUUUUAAGAUGCUAUCUAGGUUUGUCAUUGCUUUUCUCGCAAGAAGCAGGCGUCUUUUAAUUUCGUGGCUGCUGUCACCAUCUGCAGUGAUCAUGGAGCCCAAGAAAGUAAAAUCUCUCAAUGCCUCCAUUUCUUCCCCUUCCUGGUCGUGGGGGUACCUCCGCUUUAAUUCAGAACACUGAAAAUGGAAUACAUAGAAUCGGACCACGCAGCUAGUGGCAAUCCUAGGCGGAGCGCGGCGCUGGCGCCUGAUUGACGGCGCAUCUCUUCUCCUUUGCCUUCUAGGUCAUGAGGAUGGGGGACCCGCGCGUGGCCGAGCUGCUGCUUCGAUGGGGAGCGGAUCCCAACGUGCCCGAUCCCUCCACCGGCUCCUGCCCCGCGCACGACGCAGCCCGGGAAGGCUUCCUGGACACGCUGCGCGUGCUGCGCUCAGGCGGAGCGCGACUCGACCUGCCCGACCGCAGAGGGCGCCUCCCGGUGGACGUGGCUGAAGAGAAUGGGCACCGCCACGUCGUGCGUUAUCUGGCCCGGCUGGCGAUCGGGGAAUCCUGGAGAUAAUCCAGCAACGAUCUAAUGCUAUCGUCAAUGUUGCUUAUGCUUAUGGUAGCACUUCUCCCUUGCAUUAUUUUGCAUGGGUCUUCUUUGCCAAAAAAUAAAGUUUUUUUUGCAGUAAGUUGCCCCUUCCUUCCUUCCUUCCUUCCUUUCUCAGCAACAGCCGGAGGGCCUACUGUUCCCAAUGCCUGUUUCAGAGCAAGACACACAUUUAAAGAGGACCCCCCCCCCCAACGCUGCAAAAUAUAUUUCCGGGGGCGGGGGGAUCAGGCUCACGCUGUUCAUUUGCUGUCCUUUAUGCCUGCAGUUGCGAUACAGGGCACACACACAAAAAGAGUUCCAGUUAAGGGGCAGGAAAAAGGAGGAGUUUAUAAUACUUAAAAUAAGUCAGUUGGAAUAAGACGUUUGUUCCCCACACCAAGCCCGACGCGGAUUUGAAUUGCAGAAACUAGAGUUUGUAACAUUGCAACCGCAUAAGCAUUCAGGGGCGAGCAAACUCCUGUUGGCAGUCGAAGGGCCUUACUUGUGAGUAGACAUGUAUAGGAUCCAGCAAUGCAAAACACGCUUAUCUGGGAAUAAGCAUCUUAGUAGAGAGGAUCUCAUUGUCUGGCCUUCCAAGGUCCAGAUCAUGAUUAGACGGGGAGGAAAUCCAGGCGGUGAGGAGUUCGAAUCCUGCAGGUCCUUCUGGUGGGAGCAUCUCCUUUUGGCUUUCCUCUACAAAUUUAUCUGUAGAUGGCUUAGAGAGCUCUUUGCACAAGCGGUUUAGAAAUCAUCUUAAGGACGUAAAUAAAAUUAGAGAGGAUUUAUUUAGAAUAUAGCUUCUCCCAGAAAGCCUUUCUUUAAGAGGCACCACUGACCACCACUGUCCAUUUUUCCUACCCGAGUAGAGUGAUACAUAUUUAACACGUAUCGCUCUCUCCUCUCUGCUCGCAUGGGCCGAAGGCUGCUAACUGUGCUGACCUUAGUCAAAAUAGAGGCCACAUACAAAACUAC